AAUCCGAUUAAAUCGUUGAUGUCAGGAGUUCUUUAUAGAAUUUAGUUAAUAAUGUAGACUAGUGAACUAUUGAUUAGUAUAUAACAUUGGAAUAAUAUACGUCAAAUGAGUGGGAAAAAAGCUUGAAGCAACGGAAAAAGACAUGUCACAAAUAUUUUGUUCUUCGCAUGAACAUAGAUUGGGUAUAAUAUGGUGCAUUGAAUGCGAAAAGAUUUUAUGCACGAAAUGUCGACAAAUACAUGAUAAAACAAUGACAGAGCAUCCGUCCAUGGGACUAUCGGAAUAUGUUCAAUUUCCCAAAUGUGCUUUAUUGAUGAAUAACUUGUGUGAAAUUCAUGGCCAGCAAUUAGAAAUGUUUUGUCAAGAGCAUAAUACACCGUGUUGUAUGAAAUGUUAUAGACAUGACCAUAAACUAUGCAAAGGAAUCAGUUUUCUCAAAUCAUUUGUGAAGGAGUUUAAACAGUCCACUCCAUUCAAAGAUCUGAUGCAAAAAGUACAAGAACUGUCCAAUAUACUUGAAGAUUUAAUCAAAGAUACAAAUACAAACUGUGAAAACUUAUACAAUAGAAAAUCAUCCAUAUUGCUUGAAAUUAAACAUGUUCGACGGUCUUUAAACAAACACUUUGAUAACUUGGAAAAAGAUAUAGUUGAAGACUUAGACUACAAGCACAGUGAAGCCAAAAGAAAAACGAAUGAACAACUAUCUUUAUUGGGUAAUAAAAACGCCGAGUUGAAGCGGAUUGAUAUGGAUCUUUCUUUCGUGAACCAAAAUGCUACAGAUCUACAAGCCUUUUUAGGAGUAAGAAUAUUGUCGAAGCAAAUAGAAAUUGACCAAUCAGAACUUCAGUCUUUACAAAAAGAUUACAAAUUAUGUAAAGUAGACUUAGAAUUGACAAUGGGACCUAAGUUACUAUCUAUUCUUAAAGAAGUAAAUUCAUUUGGCACGAUUUCUAUCCAAUUAAAGCCGAAUAAUUCCAUAAUACCAACAGAAAAGAAACCAAGAACGAUAACUCAACUGAAGCUUAAAAGACGCAAGUAUAUAAAAAUAAAAAGUGAACACAAUAUGGUGAUAACAGGGUGUGCUAUUUUGUCAGGAUUGCAAAUUGUUUUUGCGGAUUUUCAGAAUAGUCUACUUGUGAUACAUAACAAGGAUGGAACUCAUAGUAGAAACAUAAAAUUAAGCGGACAACCAUCAGAUAUGGCCGUUGUUGACGAUUAUACAAUAGUAGUUACUUUGUGGUCGUUAAACCUAUUUGUUGUCCUUGACCUGCGUGAAGAUAAAGAAAUAAGAAAAAUUCAAAUGAAGGAAAACUGCUAUAGUGUCGAUUUUAGUAACAAUAAAAUAGUAGUGUCCUUUGAAAAAUCGAAGAUAGUUCAUAUUAUGGACUUUUUUGGAAAUGUUUCCCGGAAAAUACAAAUUCCGACACAAAACUAUUCGUAUGUUGUACAGAAUGAUGAUAUGUUUCUUUGUUCAAAUCGAAACGAAAACAAAGUGAUAUGUUGCACAGAGUUCGGAAAACUAUCUUGGACAUUCCAGCAUGAACUUUUAUCGGAACCUCACCAAGUUGCUAUUGACAACAAUCGAUUUGUCUUUGUUACAUGUCACGGGUCGGACACAGUUAUGGCUUUAUCUCCAGAUGGUCAAAAUAAUAUGAUUCUAUUGGACAUUGAUGAUGGUAUAAACAAGCCAUCAGCGUUACAUAUCCAUAAGGAGAUACUUCUUGUCUGUAAUUCUUUAUCGGGAGAUGCCCAUCUUUAUGAUAUAAUCUGCGAUGAAUAA